CAGGACAAGGAGAACCUUCCCCAGGACAGGGGGGGCAGGAAGGACUCGGGAGCCGCCGGGCUACCCAGCCUGCUCUUCCGCGAGCCCAUCGGGGCCGUGGGGCGAGAGCCGGAGGACCCUGAAGUCCAGCAGAAACGGGCUAAGAUUAAAGAGAUGAUGAAACAUUCCUGGGAUAAUUAUAAGCGUUACUCUUGGGGAUUAAAUGAACUGAAACCCAUAUCUAAACAAGGACAUUCAAGCAAUUUAUUUGGUAACAUUCAAGGAGCAACAAUAGUAGAUGCUUUGGAUACACUGUAUAUCAUGGAAAUGAAAGAUGAAUUCAAGGAAGCCAAAGAAUGGGUAGAAAAAAACUUAGAUUUCAAUGUGAAUGCAGAAAUUUCAGUUUUUGAAGUGAACAUCCGUUUUGUUGGUGGACUGCUUUCUGCAUAUUAUCUUUCUGGAGAAGAGAUAUUUCGAAAGAAAGCAGUGGAACUUGGAGAAAAGUUGCUACCAGCAUUUAACACUCCCACUGGCAUACCAUGGGCACUGCUUAAUAUUAAGAGUGGGAUUGGUCGAAACUGGCCCUGGGCUUCUGGAGGAAGCAGUAUUCUGGCAGAAUUUGGAACUCUGCAUUUGGAGUUCAUACAUUUGAGCCAUUUGUCUGGAAACCCAGUGUUUGCUGAAAAGGUAAUGAACAUUCGAAAAGUUCUAAACAGGCUUGAUAAACCAGAAGGUCUUUACCCUAAUUACCUGAAUCCCAGUAGUGGUCAAUGGGGUCAACAUCACGUCUCUGUUGGAGGGCUUGGAGAUAGCUUUUAUGAGUAUUUGCUCAAGGCAUGGCUGAUGUCAGACAAGACAGAUGAAGAAGGCAAGAAAAUGUAUUAUGAUGCUGUUCAGUCCAUAGAAACUCAUUUGAUCCGGAAAUCUAGUGGAGGUCUGACAUACAUUGCUGAGUGGAAGGGUGGCCUUCUUGAACAUAAAAUGGGACAUCUGACCUGUUUUGCUGGAGGCAUGUUUGCACUGGGUGCAGAUGGGGCACCUAAUGAUAAAACAGGACAUCAUAUUGAACUCGGCGCUGAAAUUGCUCGCACGUGUCACGAAUCUUAUGAUCGUACAAGUAUGAAACUGGGACCAGAGGCUUUCAGAUUUGAUGGCGGCGUAGAGGCCAUUGCUACAAGGCAAAAUGAGAAAUAUUAUAUCUUGCGACCUGAAGUUAUAGAGACUUACAUGUAUAUGUGGAGGUUUACUCACGAUCCAAAAUACAGACAGUGGGGAUGGGAAGCAGUAGAGGCAUUGGAACAACAUUGCAGAGUAGACGGUGGCUAUUCUGGAAUUAGAGAUGUUUAUAGCAACCAUCAAAGCCAUGAUGAUGUACAGCAGAGUUUCUUCCUUUCAGAGACCCUCAAGUACUUAUACUUACUGUUUUCUGAAGAUGAUCUUCUUCCAUUUGAACAUUGGAUCUUCAACACUGAGGCUCACCCUCUACCAGUUCUUCACAGAGAUGAUGAGAAGAAGGAAGAAAAACACAAAUAAAACAAUAUUAAAUUAUGAUUUUGUUUCAUUCCUUAGAAGUUUCUUUCCAGUUUGGGGCACAUGAUGCAGUUUUACGUAAUUUCCUGAAUUAUUUUGAGUUUUAAGCCAACUGUUUUGCAGUCUGUUAUGUUUGCCAGUCAAUAUUUAUGAAUGGACCUAAAUUCAUAUCAGCAAAACUUUUAAUUUUAUUUUUCCAGCGGAUCCGCUUUUUUAAAGAAAUCUGACUUCUCUAGAUUUCAUUAAGCUGCAGUGUCAUCUUUGCCAAAUAGAAUAGAGGGGUCUGCAUGUUACUUGUUCCUUAAUAUACUUUUGAUUUGACUGCAAAAUUCUUUUCUCCUCUGUGAGGAGAUGUCUGCUUUAAGCCGUAAUAUUUUGCCAUGUUGCAAAAAGCCAUAAUGAAUUAAGUAUAAAGAGCUUUUUUCUUUUUCAUUCUAUGUUAAUUUGUUUUGUCUAUGUCAUCUGAGACAAAUCUUGUAACUGUGACAGCCUCUUCUUAUGCGGGUCUAUCAUUCAUUAGUAAAAUAUCUUCUGAAGUUUCUCAUUACCAAUGAAGUCUACGUAGGAAUAGUUUCAUCUCAUGCAGACACUAUUCUGUUUAAAACUGCAGUGUACUUAUGAAAUGAACCUAUACAUUUUUACAAAUCCAUUAUAUUAGCUGAUGGACCGAGAUACUGGUUUUUAUUAAAAUUCUCCUUUGUUGGUUUUAUUUUGUUUGGAAUCACUGCAAACUGAGUUGUUUUUUCUAUUUUCUAGCUAGAGUUAAUAUCACUUCUAUAAUCAGUUUGGUAUGAGCAAAAUAAACAAUUUGCAAAACUGGCAUUAUUGAAUUAUUUAAAAGGGAAUCAUAUCUUGUUUAUACGUAUUUACAUAUUCAGUUAGCUUUUUCAUUUGACUGGAUGUGUGAGAUAAAUUAGAUGUUAUGAAAUUCUUUCUGUAGUUGGACUGCUAAUUAUUCCAAUCAGAGACUAAGAGAUGAUUUUCUAAUCUAUUGUGAUCUUACAUUUCAACAAUUCCAUUUGGUUUAGAUUGUGACCUAAGGCAUUCAGCUGUAACAAAGUAGUUUAAUAUAGAUUAUUCAAACAGGAGUUCUGAAUAGUAAAAAGGAAACUGGUGUUUUUAAAAACCAGCAUAAUUAGUACAUUUUGGAAGCACCAGAACAGUUUCCUCCAAGUAUGACCAAAGUUAAAUGUGUUCCUCAGCCAAGAAAAUUUACUUUUAAUGGAGUCACCAAAGGGAGAAAUCAGGCACAAUACCUUUUCUAUUGAAAUGUAUUUUGGAAUAGUUUACAUAAGUAAUUCCUAUGGAUAUUAGGAAUGUAACUUUUGAUUUGCAGACAAGUGACUGUACGGUUUCUUUAGAAUAGGACGUGACCACUGGCUUCCCAGAAUGAAAGAGCACACUAUUAGGUGAUGUGACUGCAAAGAAGCCAUCAUGGUUCAGAACAGUAAUUCUCAUUUUCUAUAAAUAACUUCAUAUGGUGACUCGAAUGACUUGUUUAGGCAUUUAGGGCACUGUGGUUCCACAGCAGUAAUUAGGUAUAAAUCUUCUUUCCCUGAAGAACAAGACCAAUUUUUCCCUUAGUGCUGGAAGUGCUGCUGUAUAGGGUUUUAUGUUUGGUUUUUUUUUUUCUUCGGGUAAAAAUUAGGGACAAUGGAAACUUAAUACCAUUACGCCCUGUGUUUUGCAGCAGAUCCAUAUUCCUUCCUUUGCAUCUGCAUAAAGCCCUUUGCAGCCACAUGUGUUGUUCCACUGAAUACAGAAAAGCAACCUGGGUGCUUUGUGAAGAAGGCAAAAGAGGUGGAUUCACUGCUAGGCUGAUCGUCCCCAUUUGGGCUUUGGAGGGAGCAUAAAUCCUUUGUGAGGAUAUGCAUCAUUGGGCUAAGUUUGUAAGACGACCUGCUGGAGGCUAUGUAACCUGGGUGUGUAGAGGGAAAUUCCUGGGCUACACACACAUCUACCCAGUACUCAGACUGACUACUCUUAAUGUGAUAUACUCCAGAUUUGAGCCUUCGCUAUCCAUAUGUGUAUUAUUUCAUUUUACAAAUAUUGGUGACAGGGUAUCCAUAUUUUUAGGUACCUUUGUAUUAGAUAAUCCUGGCUCAAGUAAAGUGCAUGGUAAAUCUCCCAUUGAUUUAAAUGAGCCAGGUUUUGUACAAUUUGAGGAUAACUGUCAUUCAUUCAGAAAUGCACCAAUAUAAUAGAAGGUAUUUUUAAAAGGAAUACAAAUCUAUCUAAUUUUAGAAUAAAACUCAUUUUUUCCUUCUCUCUGCUACAAAAAGGCAAUCCAAUUACUUGUACUCUGUAAUCAUCUUACGCUGCCUGCUGUGUAACUUGUGUGGACGCUUCUGUGGGUCUUAUUUCCUUGAGUCAGAUGAUAAAACCAAUAAAACAGUAUUUUGGAGACUUAUGUUUUAUAAACCUGGUUUUUAACAUUUUUUUUGAUAGGGGUCCAAUACUCCCUUAGUGAGCUUGGAAUAAACUGGGGAAAAUUUAUUGAACAUGAAAAUUUCCUUUAUUCCAACUAAAUAAAGGUAAAGAAUGCAAAAUGGAUGUGUAAAUUGUGUCCUAAGUAUUUAGAUAUUUAAAUUUUAUGUUUAUUUCCUUGACAUACAGAAAUUUUGAAGUGUAAUUUUUCUGGUAUGGGCGUUAUGAUUUGAAAGAGCACAAAGUUGAUAUGGGAUUCUGUUACUGACAAAGUAUUCAGGUGUACACACUGCACUGUACCUUUUGUAAACUAUGUAAGUAGACAAGAAGAUUGUACAACAUGUAGAAUCUGCCAGCUGUAAAAGAAACCCUUUUUGUAAAUUCAGGAAUAUUGAUUUUUUUAAAAGAACCCCGAAACACCAAAGCGUGAAAUGUUUCAGUGAUCACCGUUCAUUGUCAGCUUUUACCAACAGUUACCACACAGGUACAAUGGUAUUUCCUAGUACUUACAAUGUGAUUAUUAAUGUGUGGAAACUGCUGCUGUAAAGACCACUGCAUAUGUAAUUAAUUCAUAUGGAAUAGAAACUGCUGAAUUUUGAAAAAAUGUAAACAGUGUAUCAAAUAUCUUUGUGAAGACAUUGCUUAAACUCUCAUUCUGUUUCAGCAUAUAACUGUUCACUUAAGUUUACAUGUUGUAUUCUAAAUGGGUAAAUAAUUUAAAUGGCACUUAAUUUAAGUUGCAGAAACAAUUGUUUUGAUAGUCUGUGAAAUGAAUACUGCAUAUGUUUGUUGUAUGACAGUUCUACAAUACCCAAUGACUCUCUGUUUCUAUAGUGACUUCAUCCUAUGUAUUAUCCAUUUCUAUGCAUUAAAAUGUUUUUUGAUUUGUGCAUAUUCCAUUUAGUCCUUUCCACCUUUAUAUAAAUCUCUGAAGUAAUGGGAGACACAACAGAUCAAAAUGCUUAAUUUUUAAAAACUAUAUUUGUAAACAUUUCUCUAUGGUGAAUAAAGUCUUUUAAUAUAUUG